ACGAUUGAAUUGUGAAAAAAAUGGCGACCUUCAGGCACAUCUUUCGAAAAUCGGCAAAUGUAGCUGCAAAUAACCAAGUAAGAGCUUUAUACAGAUCACGUAAUAAAAAUAUUUUAAUAACUAUUUUAAUGGUAACAAAUUACCUUUUAACAUAUUGUACUUUCACCAAUAACUCAAUUAAAAGUACUUUUUCGUUGGGUUCUUAAAAAGAUACAAAGUUAUUUUAUAAUUAUAUCGUAGUAAGAAAAAACUUCUUUCAAAAGCAAUUUUUAUUCAAAGAUAAAUCCAUUUACAUUAAGUCCUAUAAAUUUCAUUAACUAUCCUAGUGCAUAUUUUGUUCAUCAUUUAUUUGAAAAUGAUGAAAUAAUUUUUUAACAUGUGAUAGCAACUUCGAUGCUACUCGAGCAAGGGAUUCUUUAAAGAUUUUAUAGAUAAUAUCAAGCAGGACAUGUCAAAAAAUAAAGAAAUGAAGGAAAACUUAAAGAAAUUCCGAAAAGAAGCAGAAAAACUAGAGCAGUCAGAAGCGUUGCAGAAAGCUCGUGAGAAAUAUCAAACUAUUGAGCAAGAAACAGCAAAAAGCUCAGAAGUAUUAAAGGAAAAGUUUGAUGAGUUAAAAGAUAAGGCUAAAAAGACUUUAGAAGAAGCUGAAAAAAUAGAAGGCAUAAAAAAAAGUAUGAAAAUUGGCAAAGGAGUAGUUGAUUCUGCCUCUAAAAUGGGGGAGAAUGUUAUAAAAAGCGGUGAACAAAUAGGACAAACAGCUAUUUUUAAGACUGUAUCACAGGGAGUUAAAGCCGUUACAGAAGAAAUAAACGACGCAACGAUUCGUAAAAGUCAAUUCUAUAAAGAACCUAAAGUCUUACGAAAAAGAUCUGACAAUUCAUUACAAUCUAAAAGACAUGUCGAAGCAAACGAAGAUGCAACAGGCGUUGUAAUGCAUAAGGACUCCAAGUUUUUUCAAUCAUGGCAGAAUUUCAAAGAAAAUAACCAAUUUGUUACAAAGCUCUUCGAUAUGAAAACGAAAUAUGAUGAAAGUGACAAUGUCAUGGUAAGAACAACAAGAGCUAUCACAGACAAACUUACCGAUAUAUUUGGUAACGUAUUUUCUAAAACUGAAAUGUCUGAAGUUAUAACGGAAAUAACUAAGAUGGAUCCUAAUUUUGAUCAAAUCGCCUUCAUAAAGCAGUGCGAGAAAGAUAUCAUUCCUAACGUUUUAGAGGCAAUAGUAAGACCUGAUUUGGAGAUUUUGGAAGAUUGGUGCCAUGAAGCUGCUUACAAUACGAUAGCCCACCCUAUUCAACAAGCCAUAAAAAAAGGAUAUGUCUUUGAAAAUACAGUAUUAGACGUUGGACAGGUUGAUAUUGUUUCGGGAAAAAUGAUGGAGCAAGGUCCAGUUUUGAUAAUAACUUUUAACGCUCAACAAAUUUUUUGUGCAAGGGAUACUAAGGGAUUUGUUGUUGAAGGAGAAGCGGAUAAAGUUAUGAGAGUACUUCAUGUUUGGGCUCUGUGCAGAGAUCAAACUAUUUUGGAUCCAAGAGCUGCUUGGAGAGUUGUUGACCUAUCCGUUAUGCCACAAGAACAAUGGUUAUAG